GCCGCUGUUCUGGUUCUCCUUAGUCGCACUUUGCAUUUGGGGUUCGACGCCCGUCAAGUCAAAUGAAGCCCCCAAAUACACGCAACUGGGAGCUCCCAAUCCCAAGCGAGGUAGGAUAAUUUUGGGCGACCGAGUUUACUUCUUCCGCUUCUUCUUCCAAUCGGUCUCCACUACAGAUAACAAUAACUGUAACUAUAUUAGAAAUAGAAGGAGGCGAAAGUGAAGAUCCGACCAUCCAUCCAUUCCUCAAUUAUUUUCAGGGAGAUUUACUUCGGGUGUCUGGCCCCUGUUGGAAAACUGAUUUUUUCUCGUUCCUCAGGAUCGCGCAUAAAGCUUAUUUAAAUCUUUAGCUGUUUCUAUGAGUCGCUUUUAUAUUUGUAUGCUGCUUUGCGAUUAGGUUAUGAAGGGUUUUUGUGAGAGGGCUUUUACUUCAAAAUAUUCUUCUAAAAGUUUGACCGAUUCCCCAAGUAGAAUUCCUCAAUCCGUUUGUUCAGAGCCAGGAUCCAGUGACAGUAAGUUAUCCAGGACUCCCUUGUGGUCAAGUUUUUUUUCAUCCGUAUUCUCAAUAUUUGAGACAUAUGGUGAGUCAUCAGCUGGUGAAAAGAAGGCAUUUAAUGGUAGAAACAAUGGGUGGACAGAAGCUGUAAAGAGAGUUGUUGCUGGUGGCUCAAUGAGGAGAAUUCACGAAAAGGUACUAGGCCUGAGCAAGACAGGCAUUUCUAGUUCAACUAGUGACAUAUGGCUUCUGGGUUUGCGGUAUAAAAUUUCCCAUGGAGAGUCUUUUGGAGACGAAACUAAUAAUAAUGGCUUUGAUGCUUUUGAACUAGAUUUCUCAUCAAGGAUAUUGAUUACAUAUCGUAAAGGAUUUGAUGCUAUUGGAGAUUCUAGGUGCACAACUGAUGUUCAUUGGGGUUGCAUGCUUAGGAGCAGUCAGAUGCUUGUUGCUCAGGCAUUGCUUUUUCAUCGAUUGGGAAGAUCUUGGAGAAGAUCGUUGCAUAAGCCACUGAAUCAAGAAUAUGUUGAAAUCUUGCACCUUUUCGGUGACUCUAAGGCAUCACCCUUCUCCAUUCACAAUCUUCUCCAAGCUGGGAUGGCUUAUGGUCUUGCUCCCGGGUCAUGGGUAGGCCCCUAUGCUAUGUGUCGCUCAUGGGAAACUUUAUCUCGCCGCAAACAAGAGGAAACUAACGUUGAAGGUCAUUCAUUGCCUAUGGCUUUUUAUAUUGUUUCUGGUGAUGAAGAUGGGGAACGAGGUGGAGCUCCAGUUGUCAGUGUUGAAGAUGCUUCUAGGCAUUGUUUGGAGUUUUCAAAGGGUCAAUUUGAUUGGACGCCCAUUCUUCUAUUGGUUCCUUUGGUUCUUGGACUUGAAAAAGUCAACCCUAGGUACAUUCCGUUGUUGGGGGCAACAUUCACCUUUCCCCAAAGCAUUGGGAUCUUGGGUGGGAAACCUGGUGCUUCAACUUACAUAGUUGGCUUGCAAGAUGAAAAAGCAUUCUACCUUGACCCACAUGAAGUUCAACCGGUAGUUCAUAUCAAAAGCGAUGAUCUUGAGGCUGAUACUUCAUCCUAUCACUGCAAUGUCGUACGACAUAUUCCCCUAGACUCCAUCGAUCCAUCCUUAGCAAUUGGAUUUUAUUGCCGAGAUAGAGAUGAUUUUGAUGAUUUUUGUUAUCGGGCUUCAAAGUUAGCGGAUCAAUCAAAUGGUGCUCCAUUAUUUACCGUGGCUCAUACCCUAGAUAAGCCGAAGCCAGUCAGCCACAAUGGUGUGUUGAGUGAUAGAGAUGGGGUACAAGCAGAUGAUUCCUUUGAUGUCGUGCCCAUGAAAGAUGCAGAGGAUCAUGCACAUGAGGAUGAUUGGCAGAUUCUUUAAUUGGAAAACAGAAAAAAAAAAAAAAAAAAAUGAGACAUGGGUGGGAGACAGCCAGUACUACUGAGAUUCGAAACCUGUGGGUGGUUGAUUUAUACUUGUAUUGGGUUGGGCUGCAUAGCCCCCCCUAAAGCACGUAACCAUAGAGCCCCCGAGUUUAAUUUACUCGUGUUUAAUUCAUUUCUUGUUGGGUACGUAAGGUUCAACGUUCUACAUUGAAUUUAAAUUGCUUUCUUUUCUUUUUUAUCUUUUCAUAUGUUUUCAAGCUGUUUAUAUAAUUGACCAACUAUUGGAUGUGUUCAA